ACACGUCGCGAUACGAACUGUUCGAACGAUCCUCCUUAUUUUCGUCCAUUCGGAAUUCCAACCGCGGGAACACGUACAGCACACGAGACAGCGCGUCGGGGGAAUAGUGGGGGUGGCAGAGGGGUGCGUGGAACCGAGCAAGGAUUCCGGUACGUGCACGUAACGCGAUCAUUGGUCCAGAGAAUACACCCCGAGCGCCGCCAAGCAUUGCCGCGUGAAAUUCGCCGAGUGCAUUGCGUACGCACCCAUAGCGGCGUAUCUAUACGUAACGGACCACCGAUGAUGCGCGAGUGAACGCACGCGGCUCGUUCAAUUCUUACGGCCCUGCCGGGUUAGUAUAUCGCGGAAUUUCGCGGUCGAACGAGUCAACGGCCUUAUCGUCGCUAGCGUUUCACGUCACGGGGUCGAACUGUAUUUCUCUCUUGCUGCUUGUUAUCGUACUCGCCGACAAGCAACGUUUCUUCGACGGGCCGGGUUUAAAAACUCGAUCGUUGGGGUUUGUCGGGGUUCGCUGCACCGAGGGACCGAUCGACGAUCGACGGUUUAAAAAAAAAAAAGACGAAUCGGGAAGCAGGAAAGAAGACAAAGAGGAAAAGAAGAGGGCGCCAGUACAGAUAUAUCGGCGAGUGUGACUGGACGGAAAGACGUGGGCGAUUCCCAAGUACCGGCCUCCCGGUCCGUCGUGUCGUUACGAGUGUGUCAGUGAGUGUGCGGAGGCGAACCUAACCUAGUCGUCGAGUGCGCACUAUCGAUCAAGGAGCCAUCGGUUUGAAAGAGGACUAUUUAUUUUUUUCUCGUUAUACCCAUGCACCCGUAAUCCCGCGAUCAGUGAGAAUACUUAUUGUCUGUGAGAAUCGUAAGUUUCCCGCUCGAGUAUUACAAGUCUCGAGUUGCUUCGCAGACGUGCGUGCAUCGAGCGUGAAUUGAAAGAAGAUAGUUCUCCGAUUUUCGGUUGGUGAGAAAGGGGGACCGUAAAAGGAGGAGUUUCGAAGAAACCGCGAAACGUAAACGAAUUGAAGGAGGAAGUUAACGGUGACGGCGAUUCGAAAUUAGGAAGUGAUCGUGUCCGCGCAUCGGAAACGAUUCUAUGCGGCAAGAUGAUGGAGACACAGAAUUAUUGGGACGACAACUCCGCUCAUUCUAUGCAGGUGAAAUACGAGAGUCUGGAUGGUAGAUCCUGCAAGGACGAGAUAUACAGGAUGGGAAUAGGCGCCGGAUACUGCGAAGGAAACCUGAACUUUGCCACGGCCUCGGAGGAUGACGAGGUUUACACCAAGAAGAAGGUUUCUAGGCAAGAUCCGAUGUCUCAUAGGAUCAUCGAGAAGCGAAGAAGAGAUCGCAUGAACAAUUGUUUGGCGGAUCUCAGUAGACUCAUACCGGCCGAAUACUUGAAGAAAGGCAGAGGCAGGGUUGAAAAGACGGAGAUCAUUGAAAUGGCCAUUCGUCACAUGAAGCAUCUUCAGGGUCUUCGACAAGAAACGAAGCACUCCGCGGUGUCGUCCGCGCACACACACCCCGAGGACAGCGUGGACAGCGUCUCGCACUCCACCGUGGCAUCCACCGCUGCAGAACACUAUAGGCUGGGUUUCCAGGAGUGCCUAAGCGAGACCAUGCACUUCCUCGUCGAGGUGGAAGGUUACUUCGCCAGGGACUCUCUGUGCGUGCAGUUGAUCAACCAUCUGCAGCAGCACUGCGAGAAGAUCUUGGCUACUAGUGACAGACUGGGCUUUCCCCAUCCGGAGAUGCCGACGUCGAACGGGACCGCGAACGGCAACGGUUACGCUCACACCAGCAUUCCCACGAUGUGUCAGCCCAACGGGCACUCUGACCACGGUUCCAGCUCGGGCGUGAGCUCGUUCGGGGACCCGGAGCGUCCCAUGCGCUCCGCGAUCAUCCCGCCGCCUACGAUCGUCAGCGACGACAGCAACCACAGCACCCAUUCGCAUAGCACGCCGCCCGCGACCAGCUGCAAGCCAUCCAACUACAAGUUCAAGAGCUCGAUCAAGCAAAGGUUCUCCGCGGAGAGGAUAAAGUCCAGCCCGCCGCCAGCCACCGGCUCCGAGAAGCCAUCCUCCUCCCACGGCGUGCCCAUCUUUGCUCUUCACGACGGCGGCGCUUUCUACGUACCUCUGACUGUGGAGGCGUCCCUGCUCAGGCCUCAUCUCAACUUCAUCCCGGACACCGGGCCCGACACGGUCCUCCAUCCCGUGACGAUAUCGGUGAACUUCAAUCAGUCGACGCCGCCCGCGUGGUCGAACCAUCACAGUCCCACGCAUCAAUAGCAGACCCAAGACGAGAACGCGUGAAGCAUUCUUUGAACGUGGCUCGAUGUCGAGGUAGGCUCCGUCCACGCGUGUGUUCCUAGACUCGGUGGACGACGGUGACUCGACGACCUAUCUCGAUCCACUCGGUGGAAACACAAGCGGGGAACGUGGUUCGACGUAAUACGCAGUGGACAACUGAGGUGUUCUUCGAACAACAAGGUGUUCAUGCCCCAUCGCGCUAGAAUCGUGUACAGCGAUGAUUCGCUAGUUGAACGCUUCCGUCUUGGAACCAGUGCAGCGGUGAAAGACGUUCGAGAGAGGAUGACAGCGACGAUUUGUGUAUAAGACAAUGCUGUCGUUUCGCCCCCGCUGUGCGAAAGAUGAACGCGCGAUGUUCAUUUAAAGAAUCAUUACUGCACGGAGAUGUGAAAGUUGCCUCUGAGCGAUGAUCAACCUACGUGUCCGUAUUUUCGGUACACAAACUAUGUUCAAUCGUGUCGCGUUCCAUCGCCCGAUUCCUGGGAGUCUGAAUCGUGUCCAGAGGCAGUCUCUCAGACGUCACGAGUACGCGUACGCUGAUUCUGACCAAGUAUUUCAGUCGGUUAGACCGCCUCUUCGACGGGGACCAGUCACGCUGUUCCCGCCCGCAAGGGGAUAGUGAUUUAAUUUUCUUUCUGGUUCUUUAGUACGUAAUAUCCGAGAGACACUCCCGCCGUCUUAGUAGUUCCGUUAUAAGGGAGAUCGAGAGUCCUUCCGUCGAAGGGAUCUAUCGAUGUUAAACGUCUGUAUCGCGUCGAUCGAGAAUUUAUGACAACGAUCCUUACUGUUCCCUUGCGUUUCGACCGCUACGGUAGGCCCUCGUAAAGUGCAUUCGUGGAGAAACGUUCGAGUAAUAAUAUAAAUGAUCCUACCAAAAUGGCGAGGGACGGUAGGGAGAAAGAAAGAUCAGUUUUUUAAACGAAGAGGAGCAGUACUAUUAAGUAGCGUGGGGUCCAUCGCUUCCCGUACUCGCCGCCAGAGGGACCGUUCCUCUCGCAAGCACUCGACCGACCUUCCGUCUGUGUAUAUACGCUCCUCAACCGACUCCCAAUAUCCUAGAAUGGGAGUUUCCCAUUCUCCUUUCCUCACUAUCUCAUCGACAGGACUCCCACAGUAGAAUCUGGACGAUGUUAACAAAUUUUUAUAUAGCCGUUAGCGUAUGGACGAAGCUUUUUAGGGCUGAUCUUCCUCUUUCCCUACCAUUCUGAUUCGACGAGAAGGGUUCGCCUGGCCAGGUCUUUCGUUCUCCCUAUAAUGCAAAGAACAACGGGGGGCGUCGAGGAUGUUUUUGUAUAUUUACCGAGGCUGUGGGUUGUCUUAGCAUUUACGAGGUUCGAGAGAAAGAGCGAUAGAGGUCGUAGAUAGAGUAUUAGGGCGUUGGAGCCCCGGGUUGCUUUAGCUUCGGUGUGCCCUUCUUUUUCUUUCGUGGAUAUUAUCGCAGUCGAGUCCCGUUCCUUCUGUUUCUUUCAUUUUCUUUCUCGCCGCGAACGUUUUACCAUCGUGUCGUUUCAUCUUCCUCUAUCCGUUCGGUCUGUCUCUCCGUGCUUCACCUUUUUAUUCUUUCUUUUCUUUUUUUUUCGUCGAUCGACGAAGCUGCAGGCAUCCGAAAACUAUAGUAGGUUCCGUCGUCAACGUUUGCCAAUUAGUAUUAAGGACGAGUUUUCUCAACCUUUCCGCCCUCACGAACGACCUUGACUUGGAGUUUCUCCAAAUUCUAUUUUUUUCUUUUUUUUUUCUUCUUCCUUCCCUUUCCUUUGUUCGAAGCGUAAGGUAGCCGACAAAAGUGCCUACACAGUUUCAUUCACGAGGAAAGCGUUUAGUUUCUGCGAGUAAUCGUCGCGUUCGAUCGCGACGAGGAUCGAGUCUGCACGAGACACCCCGGGUAAACGGGCCUCGGCAAUUAACGACUGACCAAGACCUGCAUUACACUAAAUUCUUGUAAGAUCGUUGCAUUAAAUAUAUAUUUGUACAUACCACGUCUAGUUGUAAUGUUAACGAAGAAUUUAU